GUUUCAGCGUUCAGCGCGUUGUGUGAGGUCAAUAGUGUUAGCAGAGUUGAGUUGAGCAGUGAGUGCAGUGACAGUAGUGUGAUGUGAUAGUGUGAGCCAAUGGGGCGACCCUAGGACCAUGGGCUGCGGCCAGAGUCAGAUAGGAAUCAUCUAUCCCAGGAAAUCGAAAAACAAGGAGGGAACCAAGAGAAAUGGUGAAGGGUCAGAAAACGAAGAAGACGAAAAGGAUGGAGAGAGCGACGCGGACAGCGAGGAGGCACAAUUGAGAGCUGCGCGGCUCAAGCAGAUAGUGCAGAUAGCACCAGGUCCACUGCUGGCUCAGGCGGAACUGUCUACAAGUCAAAGUGAUUUUUUCAAAAUGCUGGACGAUAAAAUAGAAAACGGUCCAGACUACGACUCGACGUGCGAGUACGAGAUAGCCAUGGAGCAUGCUCGACUCUGCAGACUCCUACAGGACUGGGAGAUGGCCAAGAUCAGGUCUCGGAACCGUCUGAUGACGAUGACCAAGCCUGUCCGCUACCCCAGCCUUCAACCCAACGGCAACCUUCCGCGCCAGAGGUACUCGCUGGCCAACUCUGUCGUGACGUACGACCAGAGAGGAGGAUACUACACGGAACUGGCGUGACACACGUUCAGUUCUCGAUAACUUACCUGUGAUUCUUAGGCUAAGGGAAGUAACUGUCCUCAUCAGUAUAAUGGUUUUGAAUAACUACUGAACAAAUUCAAGCACAUAACCUCUAAUAAUCCGAGUGACAAACACAACAAACUAUAACACGUGUUUUGUGGCAUAACGCAAUCAGCUGUUUACAUAUUUAUCAUGAGAUAAAUACUGUAAGGUUAAUUAACAUUAGAGUUUAUUACCAUUGAUUUUUGGGUGAAGUAGGCAUCUAAUCACUACAUGGUGAUAUAGAUCUAACAUUACCAGAAUGAUGUAGCCAAAAUACCAAUUUACUAAAAAAAUAACGAAAUUUAAUUAUUCACUCACAAAG